AAUGAUAAUUAUUUAAUAUAAAUACGUAUUUCAGUUAAGUACAAACAAAACAUUCAAUGAACUUUCGAAUAUUUUUUGGUAUUUUGUUGAUUGCAACAGCAUUCUUAGCAACUAGUGGAGCAACUAGCGGUAGCAGUGGUUGGGGUGAAAGUAUUUGCAAGGCUAUAAGCUAUUUUUUUAGAAAACUUAUUAGCGGAGUGCCCAAAGCUGAACAGCCUUCCACGUUUCCCAAGAAAACCUAUACGUAUGAUGAUUUACCAGCUAUAAAUGCUCGUCAUUUAUAUCCAAGCUUAACACAAUAUCCUAAUAGUGGUUUUGAUUAUCAGUCUAAAAUUGAACCUUCUUCAAAAACAGAUAACACACUUGUUGAGCGUAUUGAAUCAAAUAUCAAGAGAGAGAAGAGAAGAACGAAUAUGUUAAUAGCUAAUUAAAAGUUAUGAUGAUUUUUUGAUUAAGAAUGAUAUCAGGGAUCAUUAAAUAAUAACGCACGACAUGAGUUCAAAAGUUUAUAAAAUUCUAUAUAUGUACAUAUCUUUAUAACUUGUAUCUUUAAAUCAAAAUGUUUCAUUCUUAAGUAUUUAUAUAAUGAUGAAAACUAAGUAAAGAUAUUCUAAAUAAUAUUCCAAUACUAAA